AUGGCGAGCUUCCUACUGGUGCAUUUAACGACGUUGCUCAGCUCAUUGGAUGCCAUUCUCGCACUGUCCGACGUAUCUGGGCUCAAGCGCAACGCGACCAACAUUCCAAAGACGGCAAUUCUCGAUCACAUCAAGGAAAAUGGACGCCUUAAAGCUCGGUCCAACUACAUCAAGCCAAUGCUGACGGAGAAGAACAAGGAAGACCGCAUGAAGUUUGCACUGAGCUUUCUAUCGCCUUAG